AUGGAACAUAGUGCUUUUCUGUACUUCGUGACGAAGUUCUCACUCCCGUUGUUUCGACCGUUUUCUUUUGUCUCUCAUGCGUUCCGUUCACACUACAUAGCCCGGGAUCCGUAUGAAACUUGCCCGAUCUGUUUGGAGGACUAUAAGGAACGGGAUAAGAUUCGUCUUCUACCCUGUCAUCAUGCAUUUCAUAAUCGUUGCAUCGACCCAUGGUUACUUCGAAAUCGCCGGCGAUGCCCCGUGUGCAAUCAAACGGUAGAGCUACCUGGAGCCCCUUCUCCAGAAGAUGUUGUUCUCGCUGGACACGAGCCCAUCCCGCGCGCAUCAUUUCUCACCCGUUUGCGUCGGAUACGAUUUCUUUUCCCGUCGCGUAACGGGGCACAUCGUGAUCGAACUGACUGGGCCUCAUCAGCAGAGUCCAGUUUAGUCUCGGCCACAAAUCCACAGUUGAUGGAACAGGACGAGGAACGUGCUCCACUACUCGAGCAACAAAUUUCUCCCCAAGGGUCGCGAUACAGUGCUAAUUUGGCCUAUUCUGCUCACUUGGUUUCCUCGGAUGAGGCACUUGAACAAACCGCAUUGUUAGACGUAGCGAUCAAUCCCGGGACUAGUGCGACACAAACACACGAUGAUGAUGAACUGCUGCGACUGCACCCAGACAAUUACAACACAAUUGUAAAAGUUUCCUUGCCCGUGCCGGCCGACGUGGCUAUCAACGAACGUUCACCGUAUCCCACCCCCGAAGGGGACAAUCUGAAUGCUGCGGUGGCGGACGAUGACCAAUUGUUAUCCGUUGUGGUCGAGCCGACUACUACAUGGAAGAAAUGA